GCCAAAACGAUUUUGGUUUCGGGUUGCGGGUUUGUUUUUAAUUUUUAUUAUUGCUUCCAAAAAAUACUUUUCGAACAUGUCCAAGCGUAAUAGUAUAGGAAACACUCUGUUUAAUUACUUUACUAGAACGCCGCCUAGCAAUAAGAAGUUAAAACCGAGUAAUGAUUCCAAGAACGAUUCUCCCAUAUCGAACUUGGACAGUCCAAAAUCAUCAAAAGUUGAAAGUAAUAAACGUGAAAGACAACCGACGCCAUCCCCUGAUGUUAACAAAACUUUGGCUGACAGUGAUGAAGAUAUUCCAAUUUCGUCUAAAAAGAGAAAAAGGAUACGUCUUAAUCCCGUAGAUUCAGAUGAUUCUGAUGCGGAAAACAAAGAGGUUCAAUCUCCAUCUAAAACAAAAGAUACAUUACAAAAGAGACUGCAGGACAGUUUUAAAUAUGAUCCAAAUGAAUCACCCAAGAAUAGCAAAGAAAAAGCUUCUAUUAUUAGCAAAUCAAAGGUGCAAGCGAAACCAAUUGAACAAGAACUAGCUGCAGCUGAAGAUGGCGACUGGGUACAUUGCAAAUUAGACUGGCUUAAACCUGAGAAUAUCAGAGAUGCCAACAAGAGGCGACCUGACCACCCUAAUUAUGAUCCCACGACGUUAUAUGUACCACCAGAGUUUUACAAAACUCAAACACCAGGACACAAACAAUGGUGGGACAUGAAGUCUGCUCACUUUGACUGUGUUUUAUUCUUCAAAGUGGGCAAAUUCUAUGAGCUCUAUCAUAUGGAUGCAACGGUUGGGGUCAAUGAACUCGGCUUCUCAUACAUGAAGGGUCAAUUUGCUCAUUCUGGAUUCCCGGAGAGUGCGUACGGUCGUAUGGCGUCUACGUUAGUGUCGAAGGGGUACAAGGUGGCGAGAGUCGAACAAACUGAGACUCCAGAGAUGAUGCAAGAGAGGUGCAAGAAGCUGGGUCAAACGAGUAAAAGCGACAAGGUGGUGCGGCGCGAGGUGUGCCAGGUGAGCGUGCGCGGCGCGCAGGUGUGCGGGCUGCAGGACGCCGCGCCCGCCAGCGCCGCCGCCCUCUACAUGAUGGCCAUCGCUGAGGAGGAGUUGAACGGCUGCAGUACGUACGGCGUGUGUUUCGUGGACACGUCGAUAGGACAGUUUCAGCUCGGCCAGUUCUGUGACGACAAGCACAGCUCCCGCCUGCUCACCACGCUGGCCCACUUCCCGCCAGCACUGUUAGUGUACGACCGCAAACAUACAACACUUCGGACAGUGAAGUUACUAUCAACACAUUGUCACAGCGCUCGCAGAGAACCAUUGUCCUUGUGGUCACCUGAUAAAACUCUAAAAACUCUCUCAGAGAAAUACUACAGAACAAAUGCUGAUGGACACUGGCCUGAAGGUCUGAAGAAAUUCUUACAUGAAGGUGACGCUUUAGGUCUAACUCCAGCUACCGAAUGUUAUUUAGCUAUUAAAGCUCUAGGCGGCUGUGUAGCUUACCUAGAUCAAUGCUUAAUCGACAUACAAAUACUAGACAUGGCACAAUUCAGUGAAUACUGUCCACCUGACAUUUUGAACACGACCUUAACACCAGAGAAUAAGGUUCAGAAUCAAUGGCCUGGUGGCAACACUAUGGUAUUAGAUGCAAUAACACUGAAGAAUCUAAGAAUUGUUAAUGAUGAAGGAUGUUUGUACGAUAAAUUGAAUUUCUGCUCCACUGCUAUGGGUAAAAGAUUGCUAUACCAAUGGGUGUGCUCACCCAGCUGUAGUUUAGAUGUGAUCAAACAACGCCAACAAGCUGUUAAGACAUUAUUUGAGAACCAAGAGCUUUGUCAAGAUGCGAAGAACAUCCUUACCACAUUACCUGAUUUAGAAAGACUGUUAGCCAAAGUGCACGCUUUGGGGAACCUAAAGCGGUCACAGAACCAUCCCGAUGCUCGUGCUAUUUUCUACGAAGAGAGAACAUACUCGAAGCGUAAAGUAUUAGACUUUAUCUCAGUACUGCAAGGAUUUACUGCGGGAUUGAAAUUAAAUGAUCUAUUUUCUGACGUCGAAUCGGAUUUGUUGAAGAAAUUGACACAGUUCGCGCCACACGGCAAGUUUCCGGAUUACAGGGAAACGUUAAAGUUUUUCAAGGAAGCAUUUAACCAGCAAGAAGCGGAAAAGGAAGGUCGUAUAUUGCCAGGACGUGGCGUAGACCAGGAAUACGAUGCCGCAUUAGCUGAGAUACAACAAAUACAAGAUGAACUAAAAGAAUAUCUUGUUGAACAGGAGAAAUACUUUAAAUGUCGAUUGAGUUACGUAGGCACAGAUAAAAAACGUUACCAGUUGGAAGUGCCGCAGAACAGCGCGGCUAAAGCGGGCUCCGAAUAUCAUCUAGAGGGCGCUAGGAAAGGAUUCAAGAGGUUUUCUACUGCUGAGACUAAGAACUUUCUCGCACGUAUGAUAUCCGCCGAGGAUCAGAAAUCUGUUAUAUUACGGGACCUCAGCCGGAGGAUAUUGGAGAAGUUCUCAUCUCACUAUACGCAGUGGGAGGGCGCUGUCAACUGCCUGGCGAUGGUAGACGUGCUGCUGUCUCUCGCGGAGUUUGCACGACUGCAGCCGGGCAAUAUUUGCCUGCCUGACGUCACGUAUGAUAGUAAUACUACGCCAUACAUCAAGAUAGUAGAAGGUCGUCAUCCAUGCAUUCCUAUCGUGGAGGAGUUCAUCCCCAACGACACGUGUCUGUGCGCGGGCCGCAGCCUGCUGCUGCUGACGGGCCCCAACAUGGGCGGCAAGUCCACGCUCAUGCGGCAAGUCGGCCUGCUCACUGUCCUGGCACAUCUCGGCAGCUACGUGUUAGCUGAGGAGUGCAGUCUGAGUGUAGUGGACCGCAUCUUCACGCGGCUGGGUGCCUCAGACGACAUCCUAUCGGGGCAGUCCACCUUCCUGCUGGAGAUGAACGAGACCGCAGCCAUCGUGAAGCACGCCACGGAACAUUCACUAGUGCUGCUAGACGAAUUGGGUAAGAGAAACAAAGAAAUUGAUUAAGAAGAGAAUUGUACUUUUUAGUCUUCAUUCGCGUGUAGUUCACACUUGCAUACUAGGUACUGGCAUGUACCAUCUUCAGUUACGUAUUAACGCCUCCUUGACUAGACAGUACUUG